AUGAGUUUGUUAACCCUUCACGGUCAGAGCGCACUUCACGCAAGGCAUUCAUCGUACGAGAAGAGUAAGAAAUUAUCAUCUGCUUUUGUUAAGCCCAAUUGGAGAACACGAUUUUAUAAGAGGUUGUUCGAGCAACACAAAAAAAAGGAAUCGAAAUACGUAGUAGAAAGAGAAGAACCUUAUAUGAUCGCUUACCCAAAAUACCAACAAAAAGAUCCCAAACAAUAA